GGUAUAGAAUACGUAUAUUCCUCUGGGGGGAGAGAGAAGAGUAUUUCAGAAGCUCACUGGUGCUCUGAUUUUGAUGCAGGAGAUAGAUAGAGAGAGAGAGAGAGAGAGAGAGAGUGAGGAGUACUACACAAGUUUCACACACACACAUACACCUUGUGAAACCUAUAUUUUUUUUACUGCAUUUGGGGGUCUCCUCAGCAUCACUGUGAAGUUUUCAGAGGAGAAACCCAGGUGGGUUUCCAUCUUCUUCAUGAUUCUCUGCUCCUCAUUCCCUUAUCUCAGUGAUUCCACUGAACCUCAUGAUGGAUUCAUACAUUUUUUUUUGUUGGGUAUAGAUUUUUCUGGUUUUUGGCUUUUGGGUUGAUGGUGAUGAGCAAGAAAGAUUAAGUUUGAUCCUUUUUCUUUGAUGUGUGUUGAUCAUCUUGGUAGGAGUUGUUUUCUUUGUUUUGGGAGCAUUUUCUGUUCAUUCAUGGAGUUUCAUCAUCUGGGUAUCUCAUUUUUAGUGCUUUCUUGUCCAUCAAUGAAUAUUUGGAGGUGGGUUUCGUUAUCUUUUGAGUGUUCAUGUUAAUUUUUUCUUCUGAUGAUUUUUUUUUUCUUUCUCAUUUUUCUUGGGAUGGUGUGUGGUGAUGUGAUCGAGGGUUUUCUUACAUGGGGUAUGGAAUGUACUUGGCGCCUGUUUGGUUGCUGGGAAAACUGGAAAAAAAGGGAGGGCUAUCGGAGUGUUAUAUUUUCUGUUGCUUUGAUUUUUGAUAAAGGGUAACAGUAACACAAACGAAUAAAGGCAAGUGCUUGUGUUUGGAGUUUCCAGAUUCAAAAUUUUGCUUUCCUUCCUUUUUCCUACGUUUUCUCAGCAGCCAAACAGGCGGUGACAAAUGGUCCUUAUUGAUCUUUAUCUGCAUUUGAAGGAUGCUUUGUACUGAAUGUCUCUGCCCUUAUUAGACCCCUUUCAAUCACGGAUGAUGUAUUUCUUUUGAUCUUCUAUACAUGCAAGCUCAUUCAUCUUUUUCUAAAACUACUGUUUAGCAGUGGGUUUUAUUUCUUAAGCUCAUGGAUUGAUGGUGUUUUCUUUACCAUUUCAUUUGGAUCACAAUUAUUUUCCAUUUGAUUUUUUUUUUCCUUUUAUAAAUCAAUGAAUCUGUUAAUUUUAAUACAGAUAAGGGAGGUUUUGAGAUAAUGCUGAGGAAGAGGAGCAGAUCAUUUCAGAAAGAUCAACACAUGGGUCAUCCAACAAUGGCUGAUGCUGUUUCUGAGCUCUAUUUUCAGUCUGAUGUUAUGGGGCAGAAACACAAAAGCAACUCCUUUUUCAGUGUCCCUGGCCUGUUUGUAGGAUUGAAUUAUAAGGGUUUAUCAGAUUCUGAUUCAGUUAGAAGCCCUACCUCUCCUCUAGAUUUUAGAGUAUUUUCAAAUCUAGGCAGCCCAUUUAGGUCCCCAAGAUCAUCCCAAGAUGGGCAGCACAAGAGCUGGGAUUGCAGUAAAGUAGGUUUAAGCAUCAUAGAUUCUCUUGAUGAUGGUGGGAAACUAUCCGGUAAAGUUCUCCGAUCAUCGGAGAGUAAGACUAUUCUUUUUGGACCUCAGAUGAGGAUUAAAACCCCUAAUUCUCCAACCCAUAUCAAUUUUUUUGAUGGUUCAAAGUCUCUGCCUAAAAACUAUGCAAGUUUUCCUCAUACCCAGAUCAAAUCUCGACCCCAGAAGCGGGAUUCUGAUGUUGUGUUUGAAAUUGAAGAGACCCCAUUAGAACCCGAGGCAUUUGGAAGGAUUCGAUCUUGUUCGUUGGAUUCCAGCAGGUCAUUCUCGUCCCUAACUAAUUUAACCAAGCGCCAGUCCAAUUUGAGUUCUGGGAAUUUAUGCCCAGGAAAUAUGACUACCCAAGUUAGUUCACCUCCUCAAAUGCUUGGAGGAAACCCAAAUCCGGACAAUUUUUUGCCUAUGAAACUGAAUUCGAUUCCAGCAUCGGUUGGCUCUGGCCAAGGAUUGAUCGGAUCUCUCUCAGCAAGUGAAAUUGAGCUUUCUGAGGAUUAUACAUGUGUGAUUUCUCAUGGUCCAAACCCCAAAACAACUCAUAUUUAUGGUGACUGCAUUUUGGAAUGUCACUCUAAUGACUUAGCCAAUCUUAAUAAGAAUGAAGAACAUAAGAUAGGUUCUCCCCUGAUAGUCGAAUGCUCGGAUAAUUCUACCCCAUAUCCUUCUAAUGACUUCUUGAGCAUCUGUUACUCUUGCAAGAAGAAAUUGGAAGAGGGAAAAGAUAUCUACAUGUACAGGGGUGAGAAAGCAUUUUGCAGUUUGAAUUGCCGCUCACAGGAGAUUUUGAUUGAUGAGGAAAUGGAGAAGACAACCGAUGAUUCAUCUGAGAAGUCUCCUGUGUCAAAAUGUGGCGAGGAUCUUUUUGAAACCGGCAUGUUGGCAUGCUGAUCACUUCAUAAAAAGGCGCAUUGGUUGCUUCAUGCCAUAGCCACCAUGCCCAUGAUUGAUGAAACAAAUGGGUCGGAAAGGUAGCCGGCUGCCUGUGAUCAUCUGUUUACUAAGAGCUGUUUAUGUGCAUCUUUCAGCAGCCAUGGAUGAUCCUUCUAUGUAAAUUGUUUGGUUUGCCUAUUCUGUUUCAGCUUUCAUGGUCUUGGUGGGUAAUGGUCACAAACAGCUAUUUUUGCUUUCUAUAUAAUUCCCAACAUAUGGAUGGAUAUAUAUAUAUAUAAAUAUAUAUAAUCUCAGACCCUUAAUUUCCCUUAUGAUUCUGUUAAAAGGGUGGAAGCCGAAGUUUUCAGGCUCCCCAUUUUUCCCCCUUUAUCUUCUGAUGCCUAUCUUUGCAAGAGUUGAUGUAUAAGCCUCCAAACUCAAUGAGUUUUCUUUUAAUGAAUUAAAAUUUUACUUCUCUAUAUACAA